AUGCUGCCUGCUAUGCUCCAAGAACAAAUUCCUUUCACCACCCGUCUAUCACCACUGUUCUGCUUCAACUAUGUGGAACACCAUCUUCCUCAUCUUCUUGCUAGACAAUUUGAGGUGUUGGAAGGGUUGAAUCUUGAUGUUGCUCAAGAUUCUCUUCAACCAAUCGCUUUCAAGCAUAACAAGGGGAAACAUGGGUCUAACUUCCAAAAGCACUACGAAAAAGAGCUCUCAGCAUGGAACAGGAGGCGCAUUUUGGCUCUGGAGCGGACCACCUCCCCCACCCAGAUUGUUUCUCAAUCUUCUCCGGAGCCGCAAGGCCCCCCCACCCAGGUGCGUCCAGAGGUUAGUUCAGAACCCCCUGACAACCUCCCCCACCUAGGCGCGUCCAGAGGUUCAGACCACCCCCUGACCACCUCCCCCACCCAGACUAAUUCUUCCUCUUCUACGGCGCUGGAAGGCACCCCCACCCGGGCGCGUUCAGAGGAUGAUAAUAAUUCUCCCUCUUCUACGGCGCCGGAAGGCACCCCCACCUGGGCGCGUCCAGAGGAUGAAUAUGACAAUGACCAUAUCCAACACGAUCCUCCCCCUGACAUUCAGAAAAAUGUGUAUGAUUACUGCACCAAAUUGGAUCCGAAAUCAAAAGACAAAGAUCGGCAGGAUUCUGAGAUUUUGAUUCACUUUGGCCGUCAAUAUUUAACGCGUUUUGAUCUUAAUUGCAUGAGAUCAAAACAAUGGGUGAAUAAUUUUACAAUUAUGUUUGCUUCAAAAUUUAUCAUGGCUGAACAAGAAAUACAAAGGAGCAAAGUGACCCGUUACAUUUUCAAUGAUUCACUUGUUGAAAACAUUAUUUGUAAGGAAUUGGAUGAAUUUCGGAUGGGAACUCGGGUAUGUUGGAAUGAGAAGCCGUAUUUUUCAUCUAUUGUAAAUAAUAUUGAAGUCGUCAACAAGUUGAAGGAUUGCAAAUUGGUAAGUUGUAAUGUGUAGUUCUUCAUUCUAAGUAGGUGCACCUCCAGCUAAGAUGUCAUCGAAAUUUGUG